CGGAGUGCUCUACAUUAUUGUCCAUUUCUCUUUGCAGUCGUCGUCCUCGUUCUCCUUUCUCCUAGUCCUUGGCGCGUUGUGGCGAACUGGAGAGGUGAGGUCUACAAUCAUCCGGCGACCCGGACCUCGAUUGGUGCCUUCUGCUGUUGAACUGAUUAUCUGUACUAGGCCUGAUGGGAAGCAGAGAUGGCACCGGUGACAGCACGGGACGCCAGGGCUAUGCUGCCGACAUUGAUUCCAUCAGGGAGGCGCAGGCACGCAUUGCGCCGUACGUUCACAGGACGCCCGUUCUGUCGUCGGCGUCCAUCGAUGCCAUGGUGGGGAAGCAGCUCUUCUUCAAGUGCGAGUGCUUCCAGAAAGCAGGGGCAUUCAAGAUCCGAGGUGCUUCGAAUUCGAUAUUCGCACUUGACGAUGAGCAGGCAUCAAAGGGCGUUGUGACACAUAGCAGUGGGAACCAUGCCGCCGCCGUGGCUUUGGCUGCAAAGCUGCGUGGCAUACCUGCACACAUUGUCAUACCAAGAAAUGCACCAGCGUGUAAGGUUGAAAAUGUUAAGCGGUAUGGUGGUCAUAUUAUCCGGAGCGAUGUCAGCAUUGAAUCGAGAGAAUCUGUUUGUAAAAGAGUCCAGGAGGAGACUGGUGCUGUUCUUAUCCAUCCCUUCAAUGAUAAAUACACUAUCAGUGGUCAGGGUACAGUAUCUCUUGAACUUUUGGAGCAAGUCCCUGAAAUUGACACAAUAAUUGUUCCUAUUAGUGGCGGUGGUUUAAUUUCUGGUGUGACCCUUGCUGCAAAGGCCAUAAACCCUUCGAUACGCAUUCUGGCAGCAGAACCAAAAGGUGCUGAUGAUUCUGCCCAGUCUAAGGCUGCUGGAAAGAUCAUCACAUUGCCUUCCACAAACACCAUUGCUGAUGGUCUACGAGCUUUUCUUGGUGACUUGACAUGGCCUGUGGUGCGUGACUUGGUGGACGAUGUUAUCGUUGUGGAUGACACAGCGAUUGUGGACGCCAUGAAAAUGUGCUACGAGAUCCUGAAGGUGGCUGUUGAGCCUAGUGGCGCAAUUGGCCUGGCCGCAGCACUGUCCGACGAGUUUAAGCAAAGCUCUGCUUGGCACGAGAGCAGCAAGAUAGGAAUAAUUGUUUCCGGAGGCAAUGUUGACCUCGGCACUCUUUGGGAGUCUCUGUACAAACAAUGAUUUGGAGUAGACUGAUGACAUUGUCCUUGAAUUUCAAAUGUGCUGGUUUUAGGCAAGACGUUUGUAAACUUGGAAUAGUUCAUUGCAAACAGGAUACUGUCUUGUACACUUCUUAUAUGUUUAUCAAUGGAUCAUUCAGUUGCAGUGACA